UUGACGUGUGGAGAUUUCAUAGGGGUACACGAAUCAACGGCAUGUAGAACUAUUCAUAAAGUAACAGAUGCCAUAGCCCGUUUGUACCCAGAAUAAUAUGACGUGUAAAAUUGUAUUGGUUUUAUGAAUAAAUUAUUGUAUUGUAUUGUAUUGUAAUACAUAGUUAUGACUAGCGCAGAAGAAGAGCUAAAACAAACCGCAAUGAAAUUUUAUCAAAUUGCUCGAUUUCCACGUGCUAUUGGAGCCGUAGACUGUACUCAUGUACGGAUGAAGUCUCCAGGUACCUAUACUCUAUUUAGCUAGUCCGUGAUCUGUCAUAAUAUUAUAAUACGAUUGUUUACAAUAUUUAAUAUGAUGGAGAGUAAAGACAAUGUUGAUAUUCUCUUUAUUAUUUUAAGAGGAGAGAAUGCAGAGAUUUAUAGAAACAGAAAGGGAUACUUUUCAAUCAAUACCCAAGCUAUCUGUUCUGCUGAUCUACUAUUUAUUGAUGUUGUUGCACGUCGGCAUGGGUCUGCCCAUGAUUCGCUUAUUUGGGACAGUAGUAAUCAACGCAGACAUUUUCUUCAUAGGAAAUAUGGAAAUUACUGUCUACUUGGUGAUUCAGGAUACGCACAAACUGUAUUUAUGAUGACACCUCUAGGAAAUGUGACCUCUCCUAUGCAAUCUUUGUACAAUGAGUCACAGAUCAGAACUAGGAAUGUUAUUGAACGCACCUUUGGUAUUUGGAAGGGAAGAUUUCCUAUUGUUAGCAGAGGUAUUCAAGUCAAUUUAAGCACGAUACCCGGUAUAAUCGUCGCUACAUGCGUGUUGCAUAAUAUUGCUCGUCUGCAAAAUGACCUAGAACCACCUGCUGACCCAGAUUAUCCUCCUAUAUUGGACAAUACAGCCGAUGAGAUUGCAGUGUUACCUAACAAUCAGGUCCAAAUACGGCAGGACAUAAUGCUCGUCAAGUGCUGAUUGAGCAACACUUGGGAGAUUAGGUUAAUUAAGUUAAGGUUAUGAGUAUCAUACACACGUCAAAGACAAAUCUUGCAAACUUCGAUCUCUUUUUGUGUACGGACGAGUGACAAGUGUCACAACACGCACACUAACACAUUUUCGUUGAUGUAUUCUGAGAGAUAAGAAGUCGGAUUUGUCGCUCGACUGAUCCGCAAUUUGUACUGGGCGAGCAAAAUCAAUAAAUCCAACAAUUACAUGAGACUAAAAUAUAAUAAUUGAGUUUAAAUGUAAUUAAACGUAUGAUAUGUUUGACGACCGGUCUGGCCUAGU